AUGCUUUGUCAGUGGGCAUGGCGGACAGCCAAUGCAAAGAAUGACACAGAAAUAAGCUGCCGAGGCGUCCCGGGCGUCAGAGUCCCAGGCCUCCAGAUGGAGGUUCAGGAGUCCCGUGUGUGGAAAGAUUUAAAUGAUACCGAGAGCAGCAUAAAGAACAGAACCAUUUUCUGGCGCGGCAGCUCGAUUUUCUGGAUGACCGGGUUCAAGAAGUACCCAGUCAGCGAAUUUCCUUUCGACAGGCACGUGAUUUGCUUGCAACAAAUAGACUUUGUGUGGCGUGUCCACCGUGAUGACGACACCUUCUACGAUUCCAUGAAGGUUGCCUGGCUAGAUAUUGAGACGUCCUCCGUGCUGGCAGAGUGGUCUCCGCUUCCUGCAACUGUGCACCCAUGCGAUGAUGGGGAGAAGCUGGCGAACUCAGACGUCAAAGGUUCCAACCUGCCGUUUGCAACCAAGUUUCAAAUCCGCUUGCGGAUUGAGCGCAAGCAUGGGUUUUACGUGCGGCAGAUCCUUGUGAUCUCAACUCUGAUUACGUUGAGCUCUUGCUCGCCGUUGGCAAUGCCCCCAACAGAGGACCACAUGGGUGACCGUCUUUCCGUCUAUGGUGGAGGACUGUUGACUCUGGUGGCGUUUAAGUACGGCAUCAUGGAUCAUUUGCCAAGCGUUCCCUACUCCACCUUCACCGACGACUUCCUCAUGGGCCAAAUCAUCACCAUUGCGUUCUGCAUUCUUGAGUGCUUGGUGGUCUACAGGUACACUUUGGUCAAGACUUGGAUUGACGAGUUGGAGAAUUACUUUCUCGUCAUUCUGGGAAUCGGCUGGGGCUCCCUGCUGAGUUACGCCUGGUUUUUCAAGCCGACCAUGCGGAGCAAGUGGUGCAGAGUGCAUGAGGAGCAGAUGGACGACUUUGAGCUUGCACAGGCAGACCCAGUCUUUCCCAGCAAGAGCUCUCGAAGCCUUUUCGACC